AUGCCCUUGUGUGAUUAUAAUUUCAGCUUGGUAUCUCAUUUAUCACUAUGGAAUACAGAAGAGACUGGAACUGGUGCUGGGAAGCGGACGAAAAUUUCACACACGAAUUCGUCGAGUUUAUCAGCAUGGGAUAUCGAUGCUGGGCUAGCAGCUGAUUUCGAUGGAUCUUUAUCAGGGCUGGGAACAGAAUUAGGGACGUCUAGCUACAACAUGAGUGAGGCAUUGUUAGCUUUACCAGUCUUUAAACAGGAAAAUAUUGAAAAUGGAUUUCAGUAUAUUCUGGGAGCUGCCACCUCACCUGCUGUUAAAAUGAAUGAAGAAACACUCACAUACCUCAAUCAAGGACAAUCAUACGAGAUCAAAUUAAAAAAACUAGGAGAUCUGUCAAAUUCUCACGGAAAAUUAUUAAAGAGUUUAGUUAGAGUUCAUUUUCACGAGCGAAGGUUACAGUAUAUGGAGAAACAACAGAUAGAAACGUGGAAACAGAACAGACCAGGGGAACGCAUUUUAGAUAUAGAUAUUCCCCUAUCUUAUGGUUUAAUAGACGUUAAUUUAGAUCCAAUCAAACUAAACGAAGCAGAAUUUAUCUGGGAUCCGACCAAAUCAACGGGAAUCUAUAUACGUGUUCAUUGUAUUAGUACUGAAUUUACUGCUAAAAAACAUGGUGGAGAGAAAGGUGUCCCGUUCCGAAUUCAACUCGAUACUUUUUCUCACGAAGAAGAGGAAGAAAAAUUACUCCAUUCAGCUUCCUGUCAGGUGAAAGUUUUUAAGCCGAAAGGAGCUGACAGAAAACAUAAAACAGAUCGAGAAAAAAUGGACAAGAGAUCGGAAUCAGAAAAAGAAAAAUAUCAGCCUUCGUAUGAAUGUACUGUCCUAACAGAAGUAAGUUUUGUUAAUAUCAGAUUGACCUGUGUCAUAACGGUCAGAAGCCCGCCUCCAACCCCCAUUACACCUCUCAGUCACAGUAAUUCAUCAACUCCUGUUCACAACUCAUCAACCAACCAUGUUCAGUCGUCAUCUAGUGAUGAUACGGCUAAAAUACCGUUACUAGGAGACGCCACUGCAGCAGAGGUCACACAAUGGCUACAUUAUCAUCGCUUUUCACAUUAUGUUCGAAUAUUUCAAAAUUUCUCAGGUGCUGAUUUAUUGAGGUUAACACGAGAUGAUUUGAUACAGAUUUGUGGUUUAGCAGAUGGUAUCCGAUUAAACAACGCUUUACAAUCACGGAGUGUUCGUCCACGUUUAACUAUUUAUGUUUGUCAAGAAUCAGAAUCCAGUAAGUCCUUUCAGUUUUUUCUUUCCAUCACACUUAAUGUUCAAGGGUCUUUUCAUUUUCUCCAAUUUAUUUCAGUUUAUCAUGCAGUAUAUUUAGAGCAGAUGACAGUUUCAGAACUGGCAUCAAAAUUAGCAGCCUUAUUUGGAAUUCAACUUCAUCAUAUAGGAGAUAUCUAUACACAGGGUCCUUCAGGCAUACAUAUAUUGGUCACCAAUGAGGUAGGUUUAGGGGGUAGGGUUCAGAGUGGGAGGUUAGGGGUUGGUAAGUUUAGAUUUACUGGAGAUGAAUAA